AUGAAAGAUUAUUUCUUUGAAGAGUUAUUUGAUAAAUGUAAGAAAUUAUGUAUUGAUGAAUGUGAGAAUUGUCAAUUCAUAAUCGACAAGAAUCAAAUCAAAGAAAUGAAAAUAACAAAAUGUAAAAAUACAGAAAUCAUAGGGAAGUUAGAUAAUAUUGAAGAAAUCAUCACAAUAGAUAAUGAAGAAUGUAAUAUUCCAGAAACAACGAAAGUUAUAAAAGAAGAUACAGAAAUAAUAGAAAUGGAUAAUACAAAUAAAGAUAUAGAAAUAGAAACAGAUAAAACCCAUAUUAUAAUAAGAAAUAUUCAUGAACGUAAUAUUAAAAUUAAAAGUGAUAUUAACAGUGAUGUUACAAUAGAAAAUUGUAAAAGUAUCACACUUGAAGGAGAACAUGAACACUAUGGAAAUAUUCAAUUCAUUAAUUGUAAGAAUAAUAAAGAAACUCUAUUUAAUAAUCAAGAUAAUAGAUCAAAAAUUAGAUGUGCUAGAUCAAUAUCAAUUAAUAAAUGUGAGAAUAUUAAUUUUGAAAUUUAUGGAACUAAAAAGUUAUUAGAAGUUAUUGAUAGUAAAGUGUGUAUUUCAGUAAGAUCAUUUUCUCAUAAUAAACUAAACAUUGACACAAUACAUAUUGAAAACUCUGAGUUAUAUAAUUUUGAUUCAUAUUUAUCAUGUAACAAAGCAAUUUUAAAUAAUAGUACUGGAGUUAAUGAAAUCAUUGAACUAUGUGAAGAAGAACUUAUAAUGAAAAGAAUAAAUGACACGCAAUUCAUGUUAGACCAAUCUUUGAAGAAAGUUGAAAUGGAAGAAUGUAGUGGAAUUGAUAUUAAUAAUGAUGUUAAAGGAAAAGAAGUUAAAAUGAUAAGAUGUCAUAAUAUGAAGAUGAUUGAUACAUCAAAUUCAAUCAACCAGAUUGAAUGUGAUAAUAUUGAAGUAAUAACAGAACAACAAAACAGAAUGAUGAGAGAAUUUAUUCCUAAUAAUAUGCCAAUGGAAGGAUUUAUGCAUAAUAAUAUUCCAAUGAGAGGAUUUAUUCCUGAUAAUAUGCCAAUGGGGGAGGAUUCGGAGAUGGAUUCGGUAUUUAGUCAAGAAAGUAACGAUGAUGAAUAA